AACCACCACCAAGUUUCGACUCUGCACACCCCUUUGCUCUCAGCUGCAGAAUACGCACACCUCAAAUCCCUUCUAUGGUUGAGAAUCGAAUAUAUUUUCUUCGUGGUUCAGCGUCAACGUUCACCAACACACUCUCUGCAUCAACAUGUGGCUCAAUCAAACUUUCUAUUCGCCGUGAUGAGCGAUGACCCUAGUGCUCUUGACCAGCUCAUAGGACUCAAAGUUUUGCUCCAGGAACAAGUCAUUUCUUGUACAGAGAGAGCCCAUCAUGAGCAAGAGCGUCAAAUCACCCAACACAAGGGUAGAGAAGACCGAAUGGUUCUUGAAGCAGAUAUUAGACAAGUACUCGAACGAAUCGGUGUCAUGCGAGACCAGCGCCAAGAGGAGCAGAAGACAACCAAUGUCGACACACAGACCAUCCUAGACUUGCUGAGAACAUCACAUGCAGAACACAUGGAACGAAUACGAGGAAGAUUCCAGGAACUUUCUUCGCAACGGGACGAACAACAUGAAGCUCUACUUCGUGAGAUCCACAAGUCCAAAGCGCGUCGAUAA